AUGCUUCGCCAUGGCCAUCAAUUAAACCGCAGCAUAUGCAGGCAGUACAGACGUUCCGGCACGCAGGCGGUAUGGCCUUGCGCUGUCCAGUUCCGAAGACAGAGCACGGAAGUAAAGCCAACGCAUGAUGUAGCAAUACUCGGCGGAGGCAUUACUGGUCUCGCAAGUGCAUACUACCUUGCACGAGAGCUGCCAAACUCGCGCAUCACUGUCUAUGAGGCGUCGGAUCGCAUUGGAGGAUGGCUUUCGUCGAAGCGGGUACCAGUCAAAGAUGGAACCAUACUAUUCGAGGCCGGUCCUCGAACUCUACGACCAGCCAGUAAUGGAGUGCUUUCCGCAAGGAUGAUGCAAGAGCUGGAUCUUGCGAAGGAUGCCAUAUUCCCGCAGAAGACCUCGCCUGCUGCGCAGAAUCGAUAUGUAUACUAUCCGGAUCAUCUGGUGCGCAUGCCACACCCAGCAUUCGGGUUUGCUGAAAAUGCCUGGAGUCUUCUGACAGAGCCAGUGUUCAGCGGAACACCUUGGGCAGCAGCCCAGGAGAUCUUCAGAGAGGCUCGAGAUCAAGGUGUGCAAGAUGAGAGUGUGGGUGACUUUUUCUCACGACGACUGUCACGAAACACCGUUGACCGCAUACUCAGCGCUGUUUUACAUGGUAUCUAUGCUGGAGAUGCUUGGCAACUAUCUGCAAAGAGUCUGUUCUCGGGACCAUGGCGUGACGAAGCAACUGCAGGCAGCAUCUUCGCGGGCAUGUUGAAGAGCAGAGCAGAUGGGCCGGAGUUGACAAGGCGAGAAGCGGACUUUCUGCAGGUCAUGAAAAGCUACAAUUGGGAUCCGCUACUGCGAGCGACGCUGAAAGACACAACUGCUUUCACGUUCAAGGAUGGAUUGCAGAUGCUGGUCGACAAGCUUGCAAGACAUCUGGUGGAGAAAGGCAAUGUAGAGUUCAGGACUUCCACGCCUGUCACAUCCAUCGUAGCAUCGGAGAAUCGCAAUAACGUUACUGUGAACGCGGAGGAUGCAACGCAGUCCGGCACCUACACUCAUGUCAUCUCGGCGCUGUCACCAGGACACCUCAACCAGGUGGCUAGGAAACUAGAAGAUACGGCCACCACGAUUCUGGUACCUAGCAUUCCCACCGUGACUGUCAUGACCGUCAAUCUCUAUUUCCGGACACCAGACUUGCAUCCUCCCGGCUUCGGCUAUCUGAUUCCACAAGCCACACCGUUCGAGAACAAUCCCGAAAGGGCACUUGGAGUAGUGUUUGACACAGCAUACUCGCCUUCCCCAAAAGACUUGGACCUCAACAACUGGCAAGUCAACGACGUCGAUCAGCUGAAGCAAGCGCGAGAGCAAGGUCAGCUCAUUAACGUGAACGACUUCGCAUGGUACAACAUGCCCCACCAGCCCAACAAACAAGAUGAUGUGCCCGAGCGCGGCACGAAAUUGACAGUGAUGCUGGGCGGGCAUUGGUGGAAUGGCUGGCCUAGCUUUCCCGAUGAAAAGGAGGGACUGGCACUCGCUAGAUCAGUCUUGCAGCGGCACCUCAACAUUUCAGAAGAGCCCGAGGCCUGGCAAGUAAACAUCCAAAAGGACUGUAUACCACAGUAUACUGUCGGCCACGAAAGCCGACUCAAGUCAGCACACAACAACAUAUGGCGUGAGUAUAAGGGUCGGUUACGGGUGGCUGGCAAUUGGAUGGCUGGAGUAGGUGUCAAUGACUGCCUCAGAUCUGCUUGGGAUGUAGUCCAGAGCCUACGCAGUGGCAUGGAUGGCACAGGUCUAGAGCACGUCGGGACGACUGACUUUGUUCGACUGAAGCCUGUGAGGCCGGGACAGCAAAGUGAUAAGUGA